AUGGCUCGCCUGAGCCUGAAUCCUAGUGCAAAGGAGUUCGUGCCUCCAGGCAAAGGCUUCCAGGAGUCCUGGCAAAGCCCUUUCCACCAGAAGGUGACAGAAGCCUCCCUGGCUGAUGUGUUCAAGGACUCUGGGAAGAUUGUGGAUUGCCGCGUCUGCGGGGAUCCAAACUCUGCCAUGCGCUUUGCCUUCAUUGAGUUCGCUGAUGAGAGGGCCGUGCAGCAGGCCAUCAAGCUCAAUGGUGCAAAGCUGGGCAAGUACCCCAUCCGAGUCAUGCCCUCCAAGACUGCCAUCGUCCCUGUCAACACCAGCUUCCUGCCGCGCACACAGAAGGAGCUGGAAUGCUGCGCCCGCACUGUGUACGUUGCCAACAUCGACAAGAGGGUGGACCGCGAAGAUGUCAGGCAGUUCUUUGAGACCCUGUGCGGCCCUGUGAAGAAGAUUCGUCUGCUCUCUGACUACAACAAGGUCAGCAGCAUUGCUUUCGUGGAGUUUGCAGGAUUUGACAGUGCAAGGAAGGCCCUGGACUGCAGCGGAGCGCUCCUGGGAAUGCUGCCAAUCAGGGUGACACCCUCGAAGGCUCCUGUGCGAGACGAGUACUGA